GGAGAACAAAAAGCGAGAACUACCGUCGUCAGGAUAACGUGGAAGACGACCACCUCACCAUUCCUCCGUACUGGCAAUGGCGGCCGCGCCCGCAGCCGCGGCACUCCGACCCCACCUUUCCCUUCUCUCGGCCGGCGCCGGAAUCCCCAACCCCACGCUCCAAACUCUAUCCUUCGUCGCCCCCCUCCUCUGCCGCCGCCGCUGCCGCCGCCGCAGCAGCGUCGUUCUCUCCAACGCCUCCUCGUCGCCCCCGUCCCCCCCUCCUUCGCCGGAGAAGGAGGCCGAGGCGGCUCCGACGGCGGAGUCGUGCGUCAACCUCGGCCUCGAGUUCUUCUCCAAGGGCAGGGUGAGGGAUGCACUUGAACAAUUUGACAAUGCCCUGGAGCUGAAUCCAAAUCCUACUGAAGCCCAAGCAGCGUUCUAUAACAAGGCAUGCUGCCAUGCGUACAGGGAAGAAAGCAAAAAAGCUGCAGAUUGCUUGAGAAUAGCUUUGCGAGAUUACAAUCUCAAAUUUGGUACAGUACUUAAUGAUCCAGACAUGGCGCCAUUCAGGGCAUCACCAGAAUUUAAGGAACUUCAAGAAGAGGCAUUGCGUGGUGGAGAAGAUAUUGGUUCUGGGUUCCGAAGAGAUCUAAAGCUCAUUAGUGAAGUACAGGCACCAUUUCGUGGUGUCCGGAGGUUCUUUUAUGUGGCGUUCAUUGCAGCAGCUGGAAUUUCAACAUUCUUCACCAUUCCCAGACUUAUAUUUGCACUUCAAGGUGGUGAUGGUGCUCCAGAUUUUCUGGAAACGGCUGGCAAUGCUGCCAUUAAUAUUGGAGGUAUUGUCGUGCUCGUGGCUUUGUUUUUCUGGGAAAACAAGAAAGAAGAAGAGCAGAUUACAAAUAUCUCUCGUAAUGAAACCCUUUCAAGGUUACCUGUGCGUCUGUCAACCAAUCGCAUAACUGAACUUGUGCAACUCCGGGACAUUUCUAGGCCAGUUAUAUUGGCAGGUUCAAAGGCAUCUGUUACUCAAGCAAUGCAAAGAGCUGAGAGGUACCGAACUGAUCUGCUCAAACGAGGCGUUCUUCUAAUUCCUGUGAUCUUUGGUGCUUCACUAAAAGUCCAAGGCAAACCAAAAGGCUUCGGUACUACAAGAUCUGCUGCAUCAGCUCCUUCAAUUGGGGGUGACUUUGAAAAACGUACUGAAUCUAUUGCGGCAAAAUCACGACUCAGAGCUGAGGUUCGAUUUAAAGCUGAUAUUGUCUCUCCAGAACAAUGGGAAAGUUGGAUACGUGACCAGCAAGAAUCUGAAGGUGUCACUCCUGGUGAAGAUGUCUACAUAAUUCUCCGUCUUGAUGGUCGCGUGAGAAGAUCUGGAAGAGGCAUGCCAAACUGGAACGACAUUUUGAAGGAAUUGCCACGUCUUGAAGAUUUGCUCAGCAAACUUGAACGAUGAAAAAGACGUGUAUACGGGUGUAGUUUUCUUCUUCAUGCCCUUUAUCUUUGUGAAGACCGGAACACUAUUUCGUUGCACAGGGAUUGAACAUCCUGUUUCGUAAGAUUUCAAUGUAGCUUCUUUUCAGUUCUCUUUGCUAUGCGAAAACCAAGGUGGAUGCCUUAUUUCUCUAUAAGAAGUGAGGUCCUUGUGUGCCAGAUAAGAACAUGUACACAAGAUUGUAAUUAACAAACCAAGAAUUGGCCCUGUUUUUUUGUUGUUGUAAAAGACGAAAGCUCCCAAGCAAAAAUACAAAGGUGAACAUGGUUAUCCAGAA